AUGUCUCAAGCACUUCUUACACCCAAGAGUCAGCAAAAAUUCGGCUUCUGCGCUGAACACACGAUGAGUCGUGCACCUCCUGUCCCUAAGACCGUGGAAAGCCGCCCCAUCGAUCUUAAAGAUACGGGUGCAAGAGAGGCAGAUGAGAAAAAUCUCAAUGUCAACAACGAAGUCAAUGAAGGGCAGCCGAAGGUACAGGUGCCUGGCCCUUGGAUAAAUCCCUGGGCCAGAAGCGAUAAUACCAAACAUGGCAAGAGGAGACACAUCAAACCCAAACAACCUACCAUUGUCCGCGCUGAAGAUAUCCGUAUCGAGGCUAUGGACCCAGACGAUCCAAGAUCGCAUCUUCCGGUCCCCCCACAGAACAUACAAAAUAUACCGCGCGACCCGCAGCAUGGUUUAAUGAGUUGGACAGCCUGUUACGAUGACUCUUGCCCUGUCCAUUUCUCUGAUAAGAAUGGAAGCGGCUGGUUCCCCAAAGCACCCCGUAGGCGGCGGCGCUAG